AUGAAAGAAGAUCCUCCGUUUAUCAGAGAAACAAAUCAAACCCAAAUUCGAAAUCAAAUCGUGGAGGAUGUGAUUCAAUACAACAUUCCAGUGGUAAUUGAGGGAGUGACUUCGUCAGGCAAAACAUUCACAGUGGAGCAAUACUGUCGACGUUCUCUCGUUCCCUUUGUGAGAUACAACUUCAGUCCUUCGUCCACAACUGAGGAAUUGCUUGGAGAUAUGGUGAUUACGAACGAUGAUACAGAAAAGAUCAAAUUCCAGGACGGAGCUUUCACGGAUGCAUUCAUUCAUGGCAAACUGCUAUUGAUGGAUGAAAUGUCUCUGGCUCCUCCUUCUGUGGUUCAGAGUGUGUUAUCGUAUUUGUUUGGCAAGAAGAUUCUUCAUGAAGGCAAGGAUGGAAGUGAAGAGCGCGUAAUGCAUCGAGAUUUCCGCAUUAUUGCCACUCAGAAUCCUGCCGGAAGUUCUUACAAACGAAGCAAUCUGUCUUCUGCAAUUCGCGAUUGUUUCCGAUUUAUCACUCACGAUUCAACGAAACAGAAAUACUUCCCAAUGAUUGACAGAGAGGAAAGAUUGGACAUCAUAACGGCAAUAUUUGGAGGAAAUGUAGAAAUUGGAAGAAGAGUGUGUGAGAUUCAUGAUCGAGCUGAUAAUCGAAAGAAUGUGUCUGGAAGAGAGAUUGAUAAAGGAAAGGAUUACACACUUCGAGAUUGUAGUCGUACAAAAUGGAUGAUGGAAGCACUGAUGGAUAGCAAGAUAAAUGAAAGCAAAGCAUUGGAUCGAGCUUUACAAAUCGCGUAUAAUGAAGAUUUGAGAACUACUCCAGUAUUCAAAGCGGAUAUUACUUUCAGCAAAGCUGCAUUAGACAAGGAAUGUUGGAAGGAUGUGUAUGAUCGAGUUCGACUAGGAUUGGAAUCUGGAUGUCAUGUUCUAUUGAUUGGAGAAUCGGAAUAUGUAUCUCGAAAGUAUUGUCGAGCAAUAAUGGAAAUAAUGCAGAAUGAAGGAACAUCCUGUGAAGUAAUUCAUUGCAGUUCGACUUCUUCAACAGAAAGUGUGAUUGGAAGCUAUUCGCUCGAGAAAGAUGAUGAUGAAGGCAAACCAGUUCCUCGUUUCUGUCCUUCUCCAUUGCUUACAGCGAUUGAAAUUGGAUGUAUUUGUGUUCUUCAAUCGUUGCAUUUGAUGAAAUCGAAUGUGAUCGAGCGAUUGAAUUCUGUGUUGGAAUUAUCACCUGCAGAUGGCCAUCAUCAUGUAGUUCGAUUUGAUGAAUGUCGAGAAAGACCGGAAUUCGAAAUGAGUCCCGAAUUCCGUGUAAUCGCAACAACGUCUGAGAAAGGAUUGCUGGCAUUUUCUCCUGCCUUGAGAAACCGAUUUUUGGAAGUAUUUGUGAGUCAUGAAGAUGCAAAGCGAUUUGAAAACUCUCCCAAACUGGGCAAAAUAACAAGAGAUGAAAUUGAUUUCACGAUUCAUGAUUAUUCUCAAACAAUCGACUGGUUUCAGCAGAAAGAACUCCAUCGAAUGGCCUGUUUUGCAAGAGAAGUGUGUGGAUACGAAUUGGAUGAAUCUCUGAUUGAAAUGCUCGCUAGACAACAACCUUUUUUUGAACUGCAAUCCCUUCGAAGCCAUCGGACUGAAGCUUCAAGAUUGUUCUAUUGUAUUUGCAAAAACAAGGCUGUGACAUUGUGUGGACCUAGAGGCAGUGGAAAGUCCUAUGCAGUUCGCGAAAUCAUCAAUAAGCUCUAUAUCAGAAGCUAUCAAGUGUUCAGUGUAUCUGGAGAAACCGAGUUUUCCACUCUGAUGGGAAGUAUGGAUAUGAAUGGCGAUUUCCGAGCUGGAAGAUUGCUCCAAGCUGUAGAAAGUGGAGGAUUGGUGAUAUUCGAAAAUGCUGAAAACAUGUCAGCAGAAUUACUGGAAAUACUUGAUACUGUUUGUGAUCCUUUCACUGAUGAGCUCACUUAUCCAGCCUCUAUCAAUCAUUCAAUUCAUCCUUCAUUCCGAGCUUUGUUCGUAUUCACAACACGUCGAGUGAAUUCGUUGCCUUCUCUUCCUGCUUAUUUCGAUAUUUGUGAAAUGAGUCCAAUCCAGAGUGCUGAAGCGAAAGAGUUGAUGAAUAGUGAAAUCUGCAAACGAUUAUGUGAUCAUAUUGAUAGUGGCGAGAUUCCAUUGAAUGAAGUAUUCACUCUGGAUAAGAUUUGUUUCAAUACUUCUCAUCCAAUUUGGAUUGUUGCAGCAUUGUUUGCAGAUCGAAUGGAUCGCAAAGAAUUACUUCACAGGAUAAUAGAAAAAUGGAAAAAGACAGCUGACACUGAAGUGAAAGAAGAAUUGGAAAUGGCAAGUGUGGUUUUGUCAACUCCAACAGUAACAGCCAUAAAAUCCCCAACGAAUGAAUCUAGUUCAUUGCUUCAACGCGGACCUCUUCAAACAACAGUUCCAAUUGAAUACUCAUUAUUGAAAGGUGUUGAUAUGGCUGUGUGGGCAGCAUUAUUUACUCUUUCUAUUUCCAAUUUCAAGCAAACUCAUCUUCCUGUGUUAUUGGUUGGUGAUUCAGAUAUUACUUUUGAAGUCACUCAUUUGCUGUUUCCCAAUGCUGCUCAUAUGGAAAUGUCUCGUUCAAUGGAAAUGUCUCACACAUUUGGUGAGAUUUCUGUUUGUCGUAAAGAAGACAUUCAAUACAUUCUGAGACAAACAUCGAUCCAAAAUGUUGAUGGAACUCCAAUGGAAACAUAUCGAGAGUAUCUGAAGAGGUUAUUGUAUGGCAUGGUAGAUAAUGAAUCAUUGCUCAUGAUGCGUCCUGGUCCGAUUCUCCGUUCGAUAAUGAGUAACAAUUCAAUCGUAUUGAACAAUAUCAAUCUGUUAAAUGAUCGAUUGCUUCCUCGAUUAUAUUCAUUGUUGUUUAGUUUGGAUUCGCAAGAGUUUAGUCUAUUUGAGGAUUAUUCCCAAAUUCAACCAGAGAUUCUUGGUGAAUCUGUGAAUGCGAUUGUAACAUGCGAAGAUCCAGAUUAUGGAAGAGUUGCAAAGAAAGACCAAUUCAUUCAAGUGUUUUGUCAACCCUAUUCUGAAUUAGAAAGGGCGAAAUAUGAGUUUGAAAGUCGAGAUGACUAUCCUUUGCACAUUCUACGAAAGUCAGAUAUGCUGAGAAAUGAAUUUGUGAAUGCUGAGAAAGUGAUUCCAUUCUAUCUUCGAUUCCUUCUAUCUGAUUUGGCAUCUCGAGAAAAUCUGAUUCAAAUGGGACUGAUGAAUAAGGAUUUGAAGGAAGUGAGUGAAUUCCUUCAAUCAAGCAAUGAAGAUGAUGCAAUGAUAGAGAAUUUGAAGCAAACUCUAUCAUUCCUAUUUUCAAAUGAUGUUAUUGGUGAUAUAGAAUCCAGCCUUCAAUCCAAGCAUCCAUUACUUUCUACAAAGACCACAAUUCAGUUAUUGGCAUCCAUCGUAUUGGCAGAUCGAAGUCAUCUUCCUCUGAUUCUAGAAGGAGAUCCUGGAGUAGGCAAAACUGUUUCUGCUGAGAAUUAUUUCGUAAAGGAGGAUCUUGUGUAUAAGCGAAUCAAUUUUUCGAAUACCAUAACGAUUGAUAGUUUGUUUGGAUGUUAUACGAUUGUGAAUGGAGCAUUACAAUUCAGAGAUGGAAGUAUUACAGAACUAUUGAAAAGAGGAGAUCAUUCAGAUCAACGAAUCGCAUUGCUAUUAGAUGAAGUGAAUUUGGCUCCAUCAGAUGUGCUUGAAGUAUUACUCACUCUGAUUCGUUGUUAUGUGAAUCACGAUCCAUUUCAAGUUCCAGGAGGCGAUUUGAUCGAUAUUCCAUCGGAUAUGCUGAUCAUUUGCUGUAUGAAUCCAGCAUCCAUGUCAGCAAAUCGCAGCACAUUGCCUCGUCAAUUCUACAAGUAUUGUAUUUAUCAUCGUGAUUUGAAAUUCACACUGAAUGAAUUGUUCCUCACAGCAUUAAAUAUCUUAAAAAAUGUGUUAAAAAUCGAAAAUCAAUCAAAAAGAAGCCAGAUUCUUGAGUUAUUUGAACACUCUUACAACUCCUAUCAAAAGACAUCGAUUCCAUUCUCACUUCGAGAUGUAUUGAAAGUGGAUCAGAUUGUGAAUAAUGGAAAUAACCUAUCAUUGGAAACUGCUUUAUGGUUGGUGUUUGCUUGCCGUUAUGAAGAAUCGGAGAGAAAAGAAACCGAGAAGUUAUUGAAGCUGGAAGAUACAUUGAAAGUUGAUAUUAUCAAACAAGACGACCAAUGUGUUGUUCGUGGUUAUUGGGACAUUGAAACACAACAAAUGUAUUCGGGAUCUUUCAAAGAGUAUUGUUUUACUUCAACAGAGAAAGUGACGAUAUUCAAGUUGAGUCUUGCUUUACAAUCCAAACGAGCUAUUUUGGUUUAUGGUUCUUCUCCCUCUGGCAAAUCGUAUUGUAUUUCGAAUCUGGCAUUGAUGUGGGAUAAACAAUGCACUUCGGUGUUUUUGAAUCACGAAAGCUCUCCAGAUGUGUUCAUCGGUCGAAGUACUCUUGGAAUUGAUGAAAAUGGGAAUGAAUGUAUCAAAUUCCGAGAAGGUCCGCUGUUGAAAGCAAUGGAGAGUGGAAAUUGGAUUGUAAUCGAAGAUAUUCAUUUGGCAAACAAUGAUGUGAUGGAAUCGCUGAAUUCUCUGUGUGAAGAAAACCCAACACUGAAGGUAUUAGCAGGAAAUGAAGAAAUAACGUAUUCAAUGCGACCGAAAAAGGGAGAGAGAAGGAUUCACGAAGCAUUCCGAAUCUUCUUUACAAUAUCGGACAAUACAUUGAAGCACUUUACUGGACCAUUCUUGAGUCGUUGUGUGAUCGUGUAUUGUGAUCCAAUAUCGACUCAAGCAAAUGUUCAAGAAAUCUGUCAAAUCAAUGGAUCAAUACACGAUCCUUGUAAUUUUGGAAUUAAAGAAUCGAAAACAUUCCGACGAUGUAUUCGAGUGAUAAACAGUAAAGAAAAAGAUGUAUUCUUGUAUGAAUUUGGAUAUACACCAAAGAAGUAUGCUCUUGUAUCAGAAAUUAAAGUUCCCCAUUCGAUAGAUUAUGAACUAUCAGAAUUCUUGGAUAGUGUUAUCAAUGUGUCAGAAAAUGGAAAAAUGACUCGAAUGAUUGCCAUAAUGGAGAAGAUUUGUUCCAGUACAAAGAGUGGAUUCGUAAUAGCAGAUACGAUAGAUUUACUGAGAAGCUGCUUGAAGUAUUUCGAGAAUCAUUUUAUCUAUUAUGUAAUGGAUUGUGCAAUCAAAGUACUCGAAAUGGAAAACCUUCAGAAUUGUAUGAUGAAAAGGCAAGAAGGCGAGAAUGCAGGUGUCCUUCGUCGUUGGUAUUUGAUACCAAAUAUUGAUCCAAUAAAGGAUGCACAUUUUUUGACUCAACCAUGUAACAAAAACAAUUUCAUGUAUAUUUUUACAAUCCCUUCAACAAAUUCAUAUAUUACUUUAGAAUUGAUAUUUAUUUGUGAUGUAAAACAGAAACUUAAGGAAUUCAUGAAGGAAACUGAACUCUAUGAAUUUGCAGUUGAGGUAUUUGCAAUGUUGGAUACAAGUGAUCGAAGUUAUUUGAUAGAUAGAGUUAUGAAGAAUAUGAUUGAAAUCAAGAAGAAAUUCAUCUUUAUUAUUGAAUGCAAGAAAAGCGUAUUAAAUAAGGCGAGAUUUGGUAAAUGGAAGACUUUUAAGCAAACUGUAACAAAAAUACAAAACCUAAUAGAAACCUUCCCAACUCAAAUAAGGAAUUCAGCAGCAGCUAACUCUAUACUUAAUAUAGUUAACAAUACAAAUGCGGAUAUUAUUAAGCGCGUUAUGGCUGAAACCAAUAUUGAAACUAAUGAUGAUGAGGAAAGUAUGCAAAAUAGAUAUGCCAUUGCAGAGUGUUGCUGUGGAACUUUGAAGAAAUUUAAGAAACAAAUAAAAGAAGCAUUUAGAGAUGGGAUGAUCGAUUAUGAGACAUUCAGAUCAAUGAAUUUUACUGAUGAUGUACAAUAUGAAUUAACGAGUUAUAAGUCCUUGGUAAACUGUUACAUUAUGAAGGCUUCUCAUUUUAUUUAUAAAUUGAAAUCAUUCAGAAACUAUCCAUUCAUUUUGAGCGAAUAUUCUGACGAAUUAUUAAAAGUAAAAUUGAAAGUAUCCGAUAUUUACAGGAAUUUUUCACAUUGGAACGUUCUUUUUGAUUACCUAUUGACUAUGCUAAAUGUGUUGUUGAAAAAAGAAAUGGAACGAUUACAAUGGGAUCGUCUUCUUAUAGAUUAUAGCGAUUAUCCUUUUGUGACUCCAACGAAUGUUACUCAAGAAGAAUUUGAAACAGCUAUUGAAAUGCUGUUCGACAAGGAUUGGUAUGAGUCCUAUUGGAAUGAGGUGAAAAAUAAAGUAGCAAAUCGGUCGGAGGCACUCGAUCAAUUGAAAAAUCAUUUGAUUGAUAAAUUGUUUACGUCUACAGAAAUUCAAGAUAUUGAAUUAAUAUCUCCAAGAAUAAUAUAUGCAAUAGAUAAUGCCAAGGAAGUUGAUCGCUUUACAUAUAGACAAAUAUCUCAAGUUGAUGUUUGGUGGAAAUGCGAUCUUCCUCCUGUUGUGCUGCCAGGAACGAUUAUUCCUAGUGAUAUCUUGCAAAUGGAGCGAUCACUUCGCUAUUCAGAGAAUUCUGCUAAUUCUAUUUUGGAAUUGGUGUGGGCUGCUGAUUGCCCAAUGAGUUUGGAGGAAAAACUGGAAAUACUCUGUCCUCGCAAGCGAACUCUUCAAGGAAAUGUAGUAUUUGAUAUGAUAAAGGUACCAAGUCUAAGCGGAGUGAUGCGGCAAGUAAUACAAAAUGUGAAGAAUAUUGAUGAUCUUGUAUCACAAGUGAUAAUGAGAGCUCAAGCAAAUUGCGAAGCAGAGAAAAAUACUAUGCAAAUAGAAUGUCGAGAUAUAGAAAGAAAAUUGGAGGAGAAAGAGAAGCAAUUCUAUUCAUAUAGCAGUAAGUUGGAAAAAGAAAAAAGACGGUUGAUUGCGAAGUAUGUAAUUAUAGCAAAAAAGAGAACUGAGCAAAAGGGAUAUACUGAAGAUUUUCAAAAGCGCAACGAGAAUACCAUAAGAAUGUUUAGCUUUAUGCAUGCUGUGAAUAAUCUUAGUUCUAAUGAAAUAAGGAAUUGUUUAAAUAACGAGCCUUCGCAACAGCAUAGUAUAAAAAACCCAACUAGCAAGAAGUAUAACCCAUUUGACUUCCAAAUGGUUUUCAUUCCACUGAAUCACAUAUUAGUAAAAUACCGUGUUGUUGCUACUAUUUCAUUAUUUGCUCCAAAAGGAUUACAGAGUUACUUGAAGUCUGAUACAUUUCAAUUGAGCGGUGAUACUUUAAGGCAAUAUUGUGUGUCAGUUAGUGAUGGCUAUUUACUGGUACUACCAUUAGCACCAUUCAAAUGGACUGUGAAGAUUCGAAUAAAUACAAAGAAUACUGCGAAUACUGGUGGUCUUUCUCUUGUGUACUGUGCAAAAAAAGUCAAUCAACUUAAGGAGUAUAUCGGAACUAAGAAAUCUCUUUUGGGAAAAAAUCAAUACGUAUAUGACUGGGAUAUGUAUUUUGUUCUGAACUGCUUACAAGUUAUGAUUCGUUUGAUUAAAAGGUUUUCAUUAAAGUAUAAAAUACCUGUAACUGAAAAAACUCUUUAUCGCUAUAAUAGGUUACAUCAUUUAAAACAAGUUGAUAAAUAUAUGCCUGAGUCUAUUUUUUUCUAUGAUAAUAUUCCAAAUAAUUGUGAAAUCUUCUUACCACUCCAGAAUCAUUACUAUUACUAUGCCAUCAAAUGUACUGAGAUUACUUCCUCCAAGGAUAUUUUGCCUAUUGACAAAUUAUGUGUAAACAAUAUCAAAUCAUCCUGGACUGUGAAUGACUUUAUACAAUAUGGAGAUAAAUUGGAACCGAUUGUGAGUAUUGAUGCAAUUGCUGAUUGUGAUGUUUUUCGGUUUAAUCAACAGUACGAUUCUUUGAAGAUAUUAGAACAACAAAAGAAUAAACUAAAACAGGAAUUAGACGACAAACAGAUAAUGUUGAAUAAAAAAACCUUGGAAUAUGAAUCGAUACCACAUUACUUCUUUCCACACGAAGUUGAAAAUGAACAGAAGGAUGUAAUCGGCACAACACUCAAUGAUGUGAUUGUGGUAUAUUACGAUGGAGUAAAAGCGUUAUUUGGUCUUCCCAAGAACAAUACUUACAUACUCCCAGAUAGUUAUGAAGGAAUCGAUGGCUAUCAGAUUGCAUUGCCUUAUUUUACUACAAGUGAAGAAGUUGACUUGGAAAUACAAGGACAUCAUUGCAGUAUUAGUAAAUCUUCGACUCAAUUUGUUAUUUUGAUGAAUGAUAACGAGGUUGGAGAAAAGAAACUGGAAUUAACUGCAACGGCUUAUCUGAAGGGUACACGAGAAGUGCUUGCUACUGUACAGUUUUAUUUGAGCUAUAUGAGGAAACAAAUGAUCAAUUACAUGAUGACAUCAGUUCCUUGCACAUAUUGCAAUUAUUCUCGAUACAAUUAUAGCAAAAUAUAUGCAACAUCGUUUCCUAUUGAUAUUGAUGUCUUUUGUAACGGUGAACAUAAACAAUUUCAUUGUGACAAGGGAAAAGAAACCAGAAUAGUUGAAUAUCCUGAAAUAACACUCUUUUCUUUUGUAUUACCUAUGAAAAACUGUGCAAGUAGUAAGCGAUUCACUUGGAAUGAAAAAGGAUUAUCUAUACUAAGUAACGAGCACAGCAACAACCCAAUCGAGUUCAUAACGAAAACUACUGUAAAUUAUGAGAAAUCAAUAGUCAGUCUUCAAUCGAGGCAACUCACUCAAUUUUUGUCCACUUUUGCCAAUUUAUCUUUAGUAAUAGUAUCAGCGCCUGAACACAAGCGUAAAGAAAUUCUGCAUUACUUAUACGGAUGUAUGAAUGACGUGAUUCUACCCUCCAUAAAAAAGGCUGCGCAAUCUGUACUGAACAUGAUUUCCCAUCGAGGAUCUUUGCUGGCAUGGAAUGCUGUAAUAAAUCUAGUAAAAGCUGAAGCAAAUGAAGAUGAGAAUGAAGCGGACAAUGCAACAGGUGAAACUGAAAAAGUAUACACAAUGGAUCAGACAGAACCUAUUGAUACCCAUGAAUCUAAAGAAGAGGUCCAGAUGGUGAAUCUAUCUGAAGAAAUCAAAAAUGAAGUACAAAGUCGGGUAGUUACAAUAUUGAAAAAGAAUUCAGUAGAUAUGAAGGAAGGUGAAACAGAUGAAACAGAAGAUGAUACACCAACCCAUCUUACAAAUGAAAGCCAAGAGGAAUUCAAGUCAGUCAAUUACAAGUCUUUUCUAAGAAUUAUGAACGAUAUGAAAAUGGAUGAGAUAUUUGAAAGUGUAUACAAACGUAUAGCUACAGAGAAAUAUGUAAAGCCUCUAAACACAUCAAGCACACUCACCAUAGUAGAAUUCAAAGAGAAAGGAAAUGGAAUGACUCAUCCAAUUGUGCAGUCAAUUGUAAGUGCAGCAGUCAAUAUUAUUCAGAAGUUAAGCCACAUGAACUGUAUGAACAAAAAGCCACAUACCAAAAUCAAUAUUAUUAUCGACACAAAUUGCAGUUUGAGAAAAAGUAAACUUCGAAUGAGAACCAUCGUUUCGUGCAUUUUCAUUACAGUGAUGAGAGAGCUCGGAAUAUCAUUCAAUUUGUAUGUGCUUUGUGGUCGAUAUAAGGGUGUUCGUAUUAUGCUCAACAAUCGAUCUCUUCUUGAUAUCAUUCUGCUAUUAUUUGAUUUGGAGGAGGUGGUAAAAAUGCCAUCAACUCCUCUCGACUUGUUAACAAUCAAGGGUCAAUUCCAUGAGAAAGAUCCAGUAUUGAUAGUUGGCGACGGAUUUAGUGAGCAACUGAUGUCAUCAAAUGAAGAAGUGAAAACAGUGUUUCGGGUUUAUUUGAAAUUAUUCUUGCUAUGUAUAAAAGGUACAGAGGAUGAAGCAUUGAGUAUUUCCAAUCAGAUAUUAUUAGAGAAAUCAUUGUUGGCCAAUUUCCAUAAUAAUUUUAUAUUGAUAGAGAAAGUCAGUGAUGUCUCAAGUUUAUCAAUAGAAACCCUAGCAAGUCUGUUUUAUGACAAGCAAGAGUUGGCAAUGAAUACUACUUUGAAUGUUUCUACUUCAGAAGAUGGGGAAUGUGACAUUCAUGAAGACCUGAAUAUGGAAUUCAAAGUAGACAAAUCACUUACAAUAAUCGAUAAAAUAACCAAGGCGAAGCCAGUUAAAAUGUUGGAAGUUACGGAUAAUGAGUUAUUGAAUUACUCAAAUUCUACUUCUACUCGCAGUGUGAUAUUGAAAACAUUGAAUGCACAGAUUCAAGAGGAGAAUCUAUUUGAAGCAAUGAAUACCUCUCUGUUCAUACCCAAUAAAUCUACGGCACACGUCGCAUCUACCUCCGGAUCAUCGAUUCUUAUAGCACAGUAUAUCAAGUAUAUAGUCAAUAAGAAAGGAGAUGGCAAGUUUUUCAAGAAGCUUGGUAGUGGUAAGAUUCGUAGUUACAAUGCAAGUGUUGUGAUUGAUUGCUCUUCGGUUGCAUUUAGUGAAACAAACCGAGCGCAUUCCUUGAUCACAGUCUUUUCAAUCCUUCGAAAUCUGAGUAAUAUGCAACUACCUUGUAUUGAUUUGUGGGUGGCUUCUUCUCAAAUCAUCCGGAUAGCAACAGGCAUUCCAUCCCUGGAUUUGUGGGAAAACAAUAUUGUGAGUGUACUGUAUCACAGUUUGUUAUCUCCUUGCCAAAAUACUUGCUUGCCCGAUUGCAUUCGCUAUGCUUGUAGUACUUGCAAUGCCCGUUCUUUCCAAUCCGUAAUGAUGGUACUAACCAAUGGUGUGCUAUGCAAUGAUUCACGACUGGAAAUCAACUCAAUUGUGAAUGAAUGUGAAAUGACCUAUCUGGGAAUUGGUCUUGGGUUGUAUCUGUGUGGAUUCAACAACUUGCUCCCAACAAUGAUCUGGAAUUCUAAUCCUACUCGACUCUCCGAAACACUGCUAAAUCUGAGCGAAGAAUCAAUGGCUAGUGAUUCGAGUGCAAUCCCCGAACAACCUAUCGAUGCAAUGAUGCUGAACGAAAAUAUCGAAAGGUCAAAUAUCGAAACUAUCCGUAAGAUUUGUGACAUUCCCAGUAUUUAUGAAACUACCUUGAGUCAAAUUCGCUUCGUUGAUGAAACAGAUGGACAAGAUGCAAUUAGCAAAAUAGAUGAUAUCAACGACAGCAAAUAUGAUCUUGGAGUCGAUGGAGCAUUCGGCCAUUAUUCGAUAUUGUUUAUUAUUCUCUAUUUGUGUCGUGGAGAGAAAACAAAAACUGGAAAAGUGAUUGAUGAAUAUAUCACAGAGGAAGUGUUGAAAAAGGGAAAAGAAGUAAAUGGGAAAAGAUUUUCUCCUGUUUAUAAACUGGGAGACUAUCAGGUUAAUGGAAAACCGAUUGGAAAAGGAUUCAAACUACAAUUCGCAUAUGAUUACAAAUCGGCUAUACGAGAACUUGAGAGUGGGAAAUACCGAGUGACAUUCAUUACGUGCUCUCCUGGAGAUGGUAAGAUGGCAAAAGCAUGCGAUGCAGAUGUUUUUGAUUAUGCUGAUGCUUUUGUGAGUUGUGUGCAUGACUUUUUCUUGAAGGGAGGGGGCGUCUUCUGGUUCCUUGAAAACUAUCCAUACACAUAUGAAGCCGAUUUGUACUUUAAGAAAUUUUAUGGAUUCAAAGCAGUAGAUAGUAACCACGAAUAUAUCGAAGGAGGGGAAAUAAUGAUUCGAGUCAAAGAUGAAAAACCGCGGGCAAGCCAUUUCAUAUCAAUAGGAGGAAAGGCGACAGACUUUUCAAAGUUAUCUCGUUUAGAUUACGGAAUUCUACGCAUAUUUGAAGGAAGGACGUUGUGUGCAAUGAAUGAAAAGAAACUAGAAGAGAUCGGAUUUUGCACGUUUGCAAUGGAAAGCGAGGGGAAUGCCGCGAUAAUGGUGAGAGAAAGGAAAGAGGAAGAAAAAGAAGGAGGGAGAAUGAUCAUCGAUACAGCUGCAUCCAAACUCUUUUUGGAAUUUACAGAAGAAGGUACGGCUCGAUGGAUUAGCAAUGCUGCAGUAUGGCUAUGUAAUUCAGAGCAAUUUGAAGAAGAAAGAAGAAUUGACCCUUCUUUAACAUCUGGUAUCAAGAUAGAAAAAGGAGUUCACAAUGAAAAGAAGCCCAUGAUAAAACGAAAUUUGAAAACAAUGAAGCAAAUGCUAUUUUGUCUGAGUAUUGUCAUGGACACAACAGGAUCAAUGCGCUUCUAUAUAAAUGCAACAAGAGACAAUAUAGAAGGAAUAUUGAAUUCCUUAAAGCAAGUGGAGAGUAGUCUUCAUCUGGAAAAAGGAGGAAUUGUCGGUCAAGUUGUUCAAUACAAAGAUUAUGCAGACAAAAUGACUGGUGAAACCGAUGAAUAUAUUACAAAUAACUUUUCUCGACUCAAAAAGAAGCUAGCCACAUUUGAAGCAAAGGGUGGCCAUUCAGGACAAUGCUGCGACUUUAAAUUGUGUGAGGAUAUACAAGGAGGGCUAAUUCGAGCAUUAGAACAAAUCACAAAAGAAGAAUAUAGAGAUUAUAACCACCUGAUCUUGAUAGUGGGAGAUAAUCCUAAUCAUGGAGAAACUGAUUAUUGUGAAUUGACGCAGACUUUGAGUGGAGAGUAUAUUGAUGAUUUGUGGUUUGAAAUUUAUGAGAAAAUCAGGCUUAUUCACAAGAUCAGAGUUAUGUUCAUGCCUGUUAAUAGUGAUGCUAUUUUAGCCACUAUGCAAAGAAUGCAAAUUUUCCUGGGUCAACAAAUAGUCAGUAGUACUAUGGUUACCACUGAAACUAAUUUUGCAGACAUUGUGACGAGCACUACCCUUACAGAGUAUAUGGGGUUUCUUGGGAUUUCUUAG